GCGUGUUUAGGAAUUGUAGUGGAGCUGGUGCAGAUUGGAUACGUUUUACGAAUUAUCAGUAGGAUGUACGGAUCGGUAAGUGUGAUUUCAUAAGUAGACAUAUGGCAAUGGUUAGUACAGGUUUGAAUUAUGAUGUUAGCCGACAUGACCAAAAUAAACAGUUACGAUAGCGAAAUUCUAACGAAAUGCGUUUGUGAGACAAGCUCAAUUUAUUAUUGAUAAGUAGACCCCCUAACUUUCACCAUCAUCCAAUUAGCGUAUGUUGAUGUUCUGCAAAAUACAUGUUAAUCACACGGAAAUGUGUGACUUCAAGUGGUAAUUUAGUAAUCCAUUUAGUCUGUUGGCGGUCACAUUUCAAGUAACGUGGAAAAAUGACUACAGAUAAGAGCAGUGGGCAGCAGCAAGAGAUUCGGCCUCUUCUAGUGAGGUCGUCGCUAAUCGUUUUCUAUGGCCUAUCGGUUCUGAUGGGAUUGUUUGCAAUCGUUUUCGACCGCGCUAAGAAUAAACCUCAAAUAUCAACCUUUCUGUCCUUCUAUGGCACCACUUUGGCUUGCGCCCUGUUAUUUUUGAUGCGAAAUACUAACGAUGUUUUUAUCGCGCAAAUCCGGCAAGGUUUGCUUACGGAAGUAGUCAACGGGUUGGAGCAGAUGAUGGUGGCAUUCGUCAUGCUUACUGGAAUAGUAAGGCGGGUUCGCCGUCGUCGGGACAUGCUAGAACUGAUGAUGUAUUUCUCCAAAUUCCCUGAACAACUUAAUCUGACUCUUAAAACACGCACUGCCACCGUAGAGGAGCGAGUUCUGAAAAAACUGUUUAUCAACUUCACCCUAUUGAUUUUAGCUUUUCUGUUGAUGUACGACCCGGAAGGUCAAGAACCACUUCAAAUUUAUCAACUACUAAGUUUGACUUCAUCGUUCUAUCCAAAGAUGCUGAUCAUCAAUUUUUGUGGCUGGUUCUAUCUACAGAUGCUGUAUGUAGGUCUGUUUUUCGACGCUGUUAACAGAAAACUGGAAAACCUGUACCAUGAAGUUGCCCACGAAUGUUCGUUUGUCAGAUUCAGAAAAACUUCGCCAAACUUUAUUGUCAAACUGCAUUACUUGAGGAAUUUACGCGAAAAAGUUGUUACCGGAGCCUUUCAGUUGAACGAAACAUUUACGGUUCAAAUUGUUAUCAUAUUUUCUCUGAUAUUCGUCCUGAUUGUCAACCAGCUUUACUUUCUCAUCGUUGUGCUAUUCAACUUCAUCAAAGAAGGGACACUCCUAGAAACGCAUCACGUGGCUGCGAUGUUCUUGCUAUGCACACUCAACUUCUAUGAAGUGUACUGUAUCGGUGAUUCCUGUGAACACACCAUGGCACAGGCUAAUCGUACAUCCGAGAUUCUACAUCGAUUCAACGCUCUCAACAUGGAUCCUCGAUUGAAACAAAGUGUCGAAAUGUUUUUGGUUCAACUGAUGCAUCAACCCAUCCGUUUCACCGCCUGUGGAAUGUUUACUCUGGACUAUUCAAUCCUGUUUUCGAUUGUCACAUCUGCAACUAGUUACCUGAUAAUAUUGAUCCAAUUUGAACUAUCAAAUGCGGCCAAUUAGGAAGGAUUGUCAUCCAAUAAGAAACGAAACUAUCCGUGGAUUUUUCUGCUCAUACUUUAUUCAAUAGCUCUCAGAUAUAUACUUUUUCAAAGAGAAAUAGUUAACAAUAUUUUUUUUUCUAUUGUUUUUAGUUGUUUUUUUUUUUUCACUACGUUGGCAAUAUCACUUCUAUAACCGAUCGAAAAUUUUGGUACCAUCAAUGACAGAAUACAUACAUAAUUAAUUAUUGGUCUCGUGUUCGAAAGCCCUUCAACGUGUUGUUACUUACAUUUGGUAUAAAAUUUAGCAGGUCCAAAUGAAAAGAAAUACUUGUUAGGUAUUCUAUUUUUAAACUAGCCCACAUUCUGACUCAGAAAUCUAAAGGAUUGUUAUGAGAGACGGAAUAAUUUCAUAUUACGAUUAGAAUGUUUUCGUAAAUCAGCACAUCCAUAAACACAAAACAGAACCAGAUUAUUCAAAUUACUAAACAAAGACCAUUUUCUAUCAGUCAUUUUAGUGAAAGAUAAGUUUUCUGUACUUCAUUCCGAAACUAUUGCCAUUGUCGAGUGGUACAUUUAUUAUAAAGUUGUAUCCAAUCGGAAGGAAAUAUAUCAAUAAUAGACAAUCAUUACGCUAUGUUUUAAACGUAGUACGUUUAGAAAACACAAUCAUGAUUCACAGUAACUAAAUUAUAACGAAUUUUAUCAUCUAUCUAUAACAUAUCUUUCAAGAAAAAAAAAUACCGAAAUCAGUGCAGUCUUCCAACUGAGGACGUCAAAAACUACUGUUCGGUUUAUCAGACGCGAUGAACGAACUAGCGAUGAUGGAAUGUAUUUUGGUUUCAACGAUAUUUCACAACGAAAUUCUACAAACACCAUAAGGGAUUCUCCUCUGAGUGUGGUUUGUAAGUGAUUGUUCUUUUCAUAGGACGUACAUCAAUAUCUGGAUCACGUAAGAGAAGGUGUGUAAUUCUGUAAUGAUAUAUCAUGAUCGAUGAAAUGAGUGAAAAUAGUAAAAAAAAACUUCU